GCGCUUAAGACGUUAGUUCUUAACAAUUUUUUUGAGGUUAAGGGCUCUUAUUCUGUUUCUCAUAACACACUCACGGGACUAUCGGUUUGUUGUUCAAGAAUUUUUGAUGUGAACCCGAAGAAAAUGUCGUUUGACACCCCAAAUCUUGUCUUGCUUGAGUAUUCUGAUACUAUUGCAGACAAGUAUCCCAAGGUCGAGUUUAGUUCCCUCGUUGAAGCUAGACUAGAUCUUCGAAUGACGAAAGAUCAGCUCGUCAAGGCAAAAUUUUCAGAUGAUGAUAGAUCACUUCCGGUGGAGAUGGUUGCCAGUGCAACAAACUUUUUUAUGGGAAUAUGCAAUGUUAAGGUCCUUCACUUGUCUAGUGACACUCUUGAGGUACUUACUUACUGCUGUAAACCAAUACCGGAAUUCAACAACCUGGUUCACUUAACCAUUCAGACGGACCUAGAAGUUUCUUGGGAAUCACUGCCUGCUCUACUCAAGAAUUGCCCAAAGCUUGAAACCCUAGUCUUUCAAGUAACAACACUUACUCUUUAUUGCAUCAGUUUGGCAUUUUUUUAACUCACAUUUAUGUUCCAAAAAAAAUCCAUUUCCUUUUUGCAUACCUCAGGGACUACAUUAUGGAGAUAUAAAUCACACUCCUUGGGAAGACAUUUCUGCAUGUCUAUCAUCAAGUCCAGUAAAGAAGCUGAAAGUAUUGAAGUUUGGGGCGGUCUCUUGUGACAUCGAUGACAUGGAUAGGCAGAUGUAUAUUAUCAAGCACUUUGAGGAAACAAUGCCGAACCUUGAAGAAGUGGUCUUAUACUAUGUUACUCGAGGUGACGAUGAUGAUCCGAGAAUAGUAUCAACUGCUUUUCAGAUGCUUGAAAAAUUAGCCUCAACCAAGUGCAAGAUCCGAGUAGUUUCUGAUAAGAUCACCUUAUCAUCUACAACUGUGUGCUCUACUUCAGCAACAAUUGGACUUCUUUAAAAACACCUUCCCAGUUUGAAAAGAAGAUUAGCAAAGCUGUGGUUGUUAGUCUUAGUCUCAUCUCUCUGUUCUUUUUUGUAAUUGAUGUUGAUGGUGUGCGUAAGUUUUUGUAAAAGAUUGCUAAACGUCUAGAAAGCGUACAUAUCUUAUGUUGUUUGUUCAAAAAGACUUCCUCCCUCGGUGUCUUACCAUUUCAUUUUAUCUUCUAUCAGUAUGCAAUCUAUUUUAAUCACAUAGGUUUACAUAUUUUUGUAAGGCUUCACAGGUCGUGUUAAAGUUAGUCCAACCAAACACGUAAUCCUCAAAAAUUAAAAUAUUAACAAAGCAAAGAUUAUGAUAAUUACAAA